UUAUUACAAUUUAAUUAUAUGUUGUUCAUUAUCGGGUAUUUCCUGUCAAGACAUUUUCGUAUUGUGUAAAGUGUUGGCAGCACUACGCGUUGCGUUAUUUUAUUGUCCAAUUUUAAGUAACGUGAAACCAGGUGGCACUAGUUUAUAAGAUUACUCAUGGAAUCGCAUCUUACAUUUCUGUCUCAGUUUAGCGAUUAUACAUAAAUCCCUGCUGCCUGACUCGUUUACUUUCUGUCACCGUCUGUUUACAAGUUCAGAAGUCAGCUGGAGGGAGAUGGGUAGAAGUUGAUUGUAGUUGUCGCGCAGUGAAAUCUUCUGAAGAAAAUUUGAGGAGUUCUAGUUUAAUUUUCUUGAAUAUCUGUCAGUUGUUGCAAGACGUUGAAUAUGUCGGACGUAAAAAGUCUGGAGCAUCCAACUUUAAAGGUGCCAUAUGAGCUCCUGAAUAAGAAAUUUCGAUCAGCACAAAAGACUUUGGAUCGAGAAGUAUCCCAUGUUCAAGCUGCUACCAAUGAAUUAGAGAAAGGUCUAAAAACUGAUGGAACUAAUGUUGCCACUGGGGAAAUCACUCGAUUGUUGGGUGGUGUUGUCGCCAGGCUUCAAGUUCUUAAACGCAAAGCAGAAGAAUCAAUUGCAGAAGAACUGCAGGCUGGAAUGGUUUGCAAAAGACGAUUGGAUCAUCUUAAGGAACAUGCUAAUACUGCACCAAGUGCUGUUAAUCAAUGGCGUAGACAAAGAUUGGAUCGAAUGCUGGUUGAAUAUUUCCUUCGUAAAGGAUAUUAUAAAACAGCCAUGAAGCUGGCAGACAGUGGUGAAUUGUGUGACUUGACAAACAUAGACGUAUUCAUGGUCUCAAGAGAGGUAGAAAAAUCUCUGGCAAAUCAUGAGACUGCAAGAUGUUUAGGCUGGUGUCAUGACAAUCGUUCUAAGCUACGCAAGUUGGGUAGCACUAUGGAGUUCAAUUUGCGAGUACAGGAAUUUAUUGAACUAGUUAGAGCUGAUCGUAGACUCGAUGCUGUAAAGCAUGCCAGAAAAUGUUUUGCCAACUAUGACGACUAUCAGCUGCAGGAAAUCCAAUGCUGCAUGGGUCAAUUAGCAUUCCCAGCAAACACUUAUCUCAGCCCAUAUAAACACUUACUUGAUGAGAAGAGGUGGGACAGAUUGAUUGAGCAGUUCCGUCAUGAGAAUUACAGACUUUUCCAAUUGGCUAGUCAGAGUGUUUUUACUGUAGCAUUGCAGGCUGGCUUAUCAGCUCUAAAGACUCCGCAGUGCUACAGCGCUAAUCGAGAGGGACGAAACCCAAGCUGUCCCGUCUGUAACGAAGCUCUUAAUGAAUUAGCUGCUUCACUACCUUUUGCUCAUUGUUCGCAAUCGAGACUCGUUUGUACUAUUAGUGGCAAGCCGUUGAAUGAGCACAAUCAGCCUAUGAUGAUGCCCAAUGGCUACGUUUAUGGGGAGCGUGCCCUGGAAAAAAUGGCUCAAGAAAACAACGGCAGCGUGACUUGCCCAAAAACCAAAGAAGUAUUUCCAUACAAGAAAAUCGAAAAAGUUUUCGUCAUGUAAGAUACGCACAUAUUGGAAAGAAGAUUUGUAAAAUAUAUAUGUAUUGAUCUUUCUCUCUAUACCUAUCUCUUUCAACGGAAUACGUCUAAUUAUUUAGUACCUUAUUGUUUAUUACUGUAUAUCCAUAUUAAUCGUAAAAAUAAAAUCUAUUUUCAAUGAAA